AUGGUUUCCGACAUUCCGAAGCACCAUCAGGGGGAUUUCACUCAUGCACCAACGUUAUACUUGACCAUGGAAAUUGUUUUCGAGAGUUCGAAUGCCAGAAGAAUGGCUUUAACAUUCCUAAACACGACAGAUGCCCCCAGACUUAGCUCAACGAACGCGAGAGAAGCUCGAGCCCACGUCACGAAGAUCAAUUUCAAACAGCGGCGACAAAGGCUCGCUAUCGAGAGACUGAAGAGACGCAAAGAAUCUACUACCGUGGCUCAAGAAAGAACUGGCUCUAUCGAAGAUGCAUGCGUGGCAGGGUUCAAAGAGCCCAGCAUUUCUCCACAAGUCUCUUGCCCCCCGGCAGACCCUGAUCAUUCGAUCCGAUUCUUGCUUCAUGAAUUCCGCCCACUGGUCUUCCCAGCACAAGCCGGGGCAGCCAGUUCCCCUUCUGAAUUUGAAUGGAUUACCUUGCUUCGCUCCGAGCCGGCUCUGGUAGAAGCUUGCAUGUAUGUUGCGCUCGAGCAUUGGCCUAGCGGACCCUGUUGGGAACAAAAGCGGCAGGCCGGUGUCCAUUUAUCCAAGGCUUUAAGCAUGGUCAACUCUCGUUUAAACAGUGGACAUGGCCUCACAGAUGGAGUGAUCGGGGCUGUAUUCGUCUUGACUUUCGGUGAACGUCUAGCGAAGAACGAAGCUACCUUGGAAAUACAUCUCAAUGGUUUAUCACAAAUGGUCAAUCAAAGAAGAGAACAGGGUCUAUACAAAAUUCCUUCUUGGUUCUUGGAUCUGCUACUCUAUGAUUCCAUUCAGGAAGUCAUCCCCUCGACGCCCGUCCGCAGAGAACGCAUUGUUGCAGCUCUACGAAAGAGAGAUGUUCGGACAUUAGGAGCCAUUUCUCACAUCUCGCACAAAAUACAUCAGAUUCGACAGAAUAUCGAAGACCUUGUUUCAUAUCCUUCUUCGCUUUCAUCAACCACCGGGGACAUUGAAGGCACUAUUUCCAGCGUCCAGGAAGAACUUAGACCUCUCUUCAACAGCAGCGUCGCUUACAUCGCCUCUGUAUCCAGAGCAAUUAGUUUAUUCUUACAACUGUCAUGGCCGUCAACCGGAUACGCGGAUCAUGUAUCUUGCGCAAAAGAUUUACAAAAUGCUUUAAGCGAACCGCGAGUAACACUCUGCGGGUCAACAAGCUUGACCGUCUGGCAAUACUUUGUCGGUGGGGUGGGCGCAGCUUCACGACCAAGUCUUAGAAGCUGGUACGUUGCGAGUUUAGCAAAUAUAUUUCGAGCCAUGCAUAUUCGAGAUUGGGAAGCCUGCUAUCAGGUUAUGGAAGGGGCAUUUGUUCCUGACUCGAUUUUGCUGAUGCAAUUCAAAGAUCUAUGGGAAGAAAUCCAACAAUUGAUAGCAUCAUAG